AUGUCAUCAUCUCAAACUGUCAUCCGUCUCCAGUGUUCAAUCGAUAUUUCUCGCUUUCCCCUUAUACGGAUCCUUGCUGCGCUUCUCCUUUCUCUCUACUUUCUCCUUCUAAUGUAGGCCAAUUGUCGCCAAAGACCCAAGUUCGCGAGUGAAGACAUAGUAGAAGAGGCCAAAAAUAUGUUACCAAUUCGAAAUUUUAUUCAUUUUUCUGGUUUAAUACUACUGAUGUUUUAUCUGGUAGAUGCGCAGUUUUCUCCUUGUAAUGGAAAAUCCGCUCUCAACGGAGUCUGCGAUAUAAAUGGAGAUUGUGAGAAUAAAGGAUCGAUUUGUUUGAGAGGAAAAUGCAGAUGCCACCCUCACUACACGGAAACUAGAGAUGAGAAGGGGCGUCUUCCAAAAUGUGCACCACUACCCGCAAAAAUCGGAGCCCGUUGCUCCUCCAAAUGCCGCGAGCCCCUUUUCUGCCGUAACGGUGAAUGCCAGUGUGUGCAACGUGGAACAACACGAGUGUCAAAUGGAGAAUGCAUUACAACUUCUCGAGUCGGAGAUCGUUGUUCCAGACAUUAUGAUUGUACUUCUCCAUUCUCAGCAUGUGUCAAUUCGCAAUGCGUCUGCAUCACUGGAACUAUUCAAAUGGGCUCUCGAUGCGUAGCUGCUGCCAAUUGUCCAUUCGGAAAGCUUCCAGGACAGAGCUGUGUUCGAAAAUCCGAUCCAUCACUCGCCUUUAACAUUCCUUCAAAUCAAGACAAUUGUCCAAUGGGUCAAGUUUGUAUUACUGCUGGGGAGAGUCAAGUUGGGCACUGCUGCCCCGUGAUCUGCCCAUUAAACACUACCACGGACACCAGAUAUUCUUGUGAUCCAGAUGCAGCUCCAGCUCUCAAAUGCCCAUCUGAUUCCCAUUACUGUUACUUUUUGUCAGACGGAAGUUUCUCCCAAGCCGCUUGCUGCCGUCGUCCAUGCAAUGCGAUGGCUCCAAAUGCUCUCUACGUCGACUAUCACUGUAUGCCACGUGGGCAACUCAACUCAGCGUGCACAUCGAAUGCUCAAUGUGGUGGUGGAGAGGGAAUGGAAUGCAUGAAGGGACAGUGUCAAUGUCAACAAAAUUUCCACCCAGCAGUUGAUGUGCUCACGAAUCCAUUGAAAAAUCCAUCUCAAUCGUGUUCGAGGGACUGUGAGAGUGAGAAUUUGUCAAAGGACACAAGUUGUAUGAAGGCUGUACCGCUCAAUUCCCUCUGCUUCAUUCAAAAGCAAUGUCCACAAAAUUCGGGAUGCUACCGUGGAAGAUGCAUGUGCCGUUGUGGGUUUGCAGCGAAAAAUGGAAAAUGCGUUGAGAUUCCAGCCCCACCAACGACGACUUCAGCACCAGCACCCGCCAUAAUCCCCGGAGUGCCCAUCAAUCCUGGAAACGACCUGUUCAAACUUUUCGGACAAUUCCUCGGAGCUGGAAAUGGAGGUGGCGGACUCAAUUUUGGAUAAUUUCUCUUCCCGCAAUCUCAUUGUCUUUAUUUUUUACUACGAGGUAUUGAAUUGUUUUUUAAUUUUUUAAUUAUAAAAUUUUUCAAAAUGAAGAUUUUUUCCCCAAAAAACUCAAAC